CUUGUAUUUUGGUGCUCCACAUUUCAUGGCUAAACUAUGACGACCCACGUGACGUUACAGGAAAAACGCAAAGUCACCGUGGCGUUAAAACGGUAAAAGAAUUCCCUGUUAUUACAGGAAGGAGCGGAGAUUCCCACGGGUCACGUGACCACGCUGAGCUGUGUUGUAAACGUCCCUCGUCUCUGCCGUCGCCGGAUUAAAGAGAUUCAGCAGUAAGGCGGAAGAAGCCUCUUAAUUUCUGCUGCUGUUCAGAAAAAAACUCGUAUCAGGUUGUUGAGGCUGUGAGCAUUUGCCCACACCAUGUCCCAGGACAAAAGUGGAUUUCCCAUUAUGGGUGAGAGCAACCCACUCCAUAACAACGUCUACGGACCCCCUCAGCCAGGGUUUGUUGCACCCCCUCCCAACUACAGCCAAGGCCCUGGGGGACCGUACCCACCAGCGGUCGGAUAUGGACAGCCAGCCUUCCCCCCAGCAGGCUCAGGUUUUGCCACUGGUCCCUACCCACAAGGACCCUACCCACAAGGACCCUACCCACAAGGACCCUACCCUCAAGGACCCUACCCUCAAGAUCCGUAUCAGCAAGGACCCGGCCAGCUGGGCUUUCCUGGUGACCCCAUGGCAGCACCUGCAGGCAGCCCUGGUUACCAUGGUGAUGUGCCUCCAUCUUACUACGGCAAUGAAGAGUUCACCAGCUCUGGCUUUGAGGACAAGAGCAUCCGACAAGCCUUCAUCAGGAAAGUGUUCUCAGUUCUCACCGCACAGCUGCUGGUCACCUUCUCCUUUGUGGCCGUCUUCACCUUCGUCACCGAUGCCAAGUUGUUUGUGCGCCGUAACCCGUGGACGUACUACGUGUCCUACGCCGUCUUCUUUGUGUCUCUGAUUGUGCUCAGCUGCUGUGGGGACUUCCGUCGCAAGCACCCCUGGAAUUUGGUGGCUUUGUCCAUCCUGACGUUGAGCCUGUCCUACAUGGUGGGCAUGAUCGCCAGCUUCUACAACACAGAGACGGUCAUCAUAGCUGUCGGCAUCACUGCAGUUGUCUGCUUCACCGUGGUCCUCUUCUCUCUGCAGAGCAAGUAUGACUUCACUUCCUGUCGGGGCGUUCUUUUCGUGUGCCUCAUCGUGCUGCUGCUGUUCUCGAUCCUCUGCAUCUUCAUCCGCAACAGGAUCCUGCACAUCUUUUAUGCCUCACUGGGGGCUCUGCUCUUCACCUGCUUUUUGGCUGUUGACACUCAGCUCCUCCUUGGCAACAAGAAGCUGGCCCUGAGUCCAGAGGAGUACAUCUUUGCAGCCCUCAACCUCUACACUGACAUCAUCAACAUUUUCCUCUACAUCCUGGCCCUCGUGGGGCGCUCCCGCGAUUGAGCUCGAGCCUUCAGGAACACAGCGUCGAAACAAAAGCUUCCUUUUAUUGUCAAAAGUUGCAAACACGUCUUCUCUCUGAUUCAUCUGUCUCCCUCCCCUCAUUGUUCCUGUUGUGUGUUUUCUUAAAACAGGUACUGUAGAGGAGAUGCAGCAUGUCAAAAUUCAGCAGACCGGGAGCCGUGUUAAUUACUCCCUGACGGACUGCAGCCAGUCUCGUCUCUGAUUCUGCUAAUGCCACACUAGAACCACCAGUACAGCAUGGCACAAAGCACGCUCUGCUGCGAGUGUUCCACACUCCCCGCUACCUUGCUGCAAGAGCUCAUUGCUGAUCCAGAACCAGCUUUGCCUGAAAGAUGUGGCCUGAAAUACUCAAUUUUUUGUUUUGUUUUCACAUCUGGAUCUUCUUUUCAGCCAGCUGGAGUGAGCUGCUCUUGCAUGACAAAACUGGAAAUGCCACCGACGACGCUGUAGAUUAAUGAGAGGGAAACCUCUAGCUCGCUUAGCACAGCUGUACAUAAUUAAGCGUGUCUGUUAUGAUGCAAGUACUUCCCCGUUCCUACCUCUUAAAGGCAUGCUGAAGGAAACGUGCUCCACCUUGGAUGUUUUUGUUUCAUUUGAACAUGCAGGAAUAUUUGUAAGCUGUGUAUUCUUAUGGAUUGUUUUCAAAAGAAUAUAUUCUUAAAUAUUGGUGUCACACCACAUGUAUGGUUUUCUCCUUUUUUCAUCCUUCUCUAGUCUGUGUGGUCAUUACUGUAGAGUUUUUAAUUUUUUUCCUCGUUGCAGAUUGUUAUUGUAUGUAUGACGUGAACUGAUUUGAUUGAGAUUAUUGUACAUAAAAACUUAUUUAAAGGACAUAAUCCAGCUGCGGAGUGAUGCCCGAGCCCAUUUGUGUCCAAUCUAUGUCUUUCAUUCAUUCACUCAUUGUAAACUUAACCCGUAAAAAAAAUUGUCUAUUAAAAACUAAGAAAUCAAAAUGCACUAAAUGUUGAGGGGUGUAUUUAACACCAUUUCUACAUGUUUUUAGUUCUUUAUACAUCUUGCAUGACCCCAUCGUCAUUUGCAUGUGCUGACAAUGCACAGUUAAGCUAUUGUUUCUGGUUUUUAAACUGUGAUAGAACUUUCUUUUAAACUACAGUGUUUGUACCCAGAUAACGUGAGUGUACAUAGGGUUCUGUAGUGUUUGGGUGUGUAUACUUUAAGGUUGGACUUCGUAGGUCUGUUCACCUUGUAUAUUUGCAUCAAAGUUGAACUGAUUUCCUCUUCACAGCUGUUUGCUUUUCAAUAAAAUGGGUACAGUGUAAA